AUGGUUGCUUCUGCUUAUGCAAUUGAGUUUGUGAACGGCUUCCAAGGUGGGAAUUGGGGAAUUAGACAUGAUGGGUUUGGAGAGAGGAGAGUUUUGGAAGGUCAUGAUGGUGGGAGUGAUGAUGGUCUAAUGCUCUCUGCUUGUUGCAAGCAUUUCACUGCUUAUGAUUUGGAGUUGUGGGGGAAUUUCAGUAGAUAUAGCUUCAAUGCUGUGGUUUCAGAACAAGAUUUGGAGGAUACGUAUCAGCCACCUUUUCGUAGUUGUAUACAACAAGGUAAAGCUAGCUGCUUAAUGUGUUCUUACAAUGCAGUAAAUGGGGUUCCUGCUUGUGCACAGAAGGAUCUCUUGGACAAAGCUCGGAAUGAGUGGGGCUUCAAAGGAUAUAUCACCUCAGACUGCGAUGCUGUGGCCACAGUCUAUGAGUAUCAGCAUUACACAAAAAGUUCUGAAGAUGCAGUUGCUGAUGUUCUUAAAGCAGGGAAGGUGCAAGAGGAAGACAUAGACAAGGCUCUUCUCAAUCUUUUCUCAGUUCAACUCCGCCUUGGGCUGUUUGAUGGAGAUCCCAGAAAUGGGCAAUUUGGUAGUUUGGGACCUAAGGACGUCUGUACAUCAGAGCACAAGACUUUGGCACUUGAGGCGACAAGGCAGGGAAUUGUGCUUCUUAAAAAUGAUAAGAAGUUUUUGCCUUUAGAAAAAGGUGUUGAUUUCUCCUUGGCUGUUAUUGGUCCAUUGGCAAACAAUGCAAGUUUGAUGGGUGGGGGUUACACAGAUCUUCAGUUAUUGAAGAUUCCUCAGGCUUUGAUACCUGGUAGAGUCAUCAUAGGGAUUCCCUGCAGCUCAAAGGGUCUCUUUGAGGGUCUUCAAGAGUACACCAAAAGAGCAUCGUAUGCAGCUGGUUGCCUUGAUGUACCAUGUAAGUCUCGUGCUGGGUUCCGAGAAGCAAUUCAUACUGUCAAGAUGGCUGAUUUUGUUGUUAUAGUUGUUGGUCUUGAUUUGACGCAAGAAAGAGAAGAUCAUGACCGAGUUAGUCUUCUCUUACCCGGGAAACAAAUGGCCCUUGUAUCUUCUGUGGCAGCUGCAAGUAAAGAACCAGUGAUUCUAGUUCUUACUGGUUGUGGACCACUUGAUGUAACAUUUGCCAAAGAAGACCCGCGAAUCGCAAGUAUUCUUUGGAUUGGGUACCCUGGGGAAUCUGGCGGGAGAGCACUAGCAGAAGUCCUCUUUGGAGAUUUCAAUCCGGGUGGAAGGCUACCUAUGACUUGGUAUCCUGAGUCAUUCACCAAUAUACCGAUGAAUGAUAUGAACAUGAGGGCCGAUCCUUCUCAAGGUUAUCCGGGAAGAACCUACCGAUUUUACACAGGGAGCAGGCUGUAUGGAUUUGGAGAUGGCUUAAGCUACAGUAAGUUCACUUACAACAUCGUAUCAGCGCCAAAAAAGUUAAGGUUAUCAAGACCUCUCAAGGUUGAUUCCAGCAGAAACAUACUACACCAAGCAGGAGAUACACUUGAUUAUUUACACAUUGAUGAGGUGACAUCUUGUGAUUCCUUGAGAUUUUUUGUUGAAAUCACUGUGACGAAUAUAGGAGACAUGGAUGGAGGCCAUACUGUGAUGUUGUUCUCCAGAAUGACAAAAGUUGUCAAGGGUGCUCCAAAACAACAGCUGAUUGGAUUUAACCGUGUGCAUACUGGUUCGUACAAAUCUACUGCAACAAGCAUUCUAGUUGAUCCUUGCACACAUUUUAGCUUUGCAAAUGAUUAUGGGGAAUGGAUAUUGCCACUGGGUGAUCAUAAGUUAAUGGUAGGAGAUAUAGAACACAUUGUCUCAAUUGAAAUCAAUUGA